AUGUCCAACGGAAGGAACUUUUCGUUCGAAACUCAGGACGACCAUGAUCUAAAUGCUCAGACGCAGGAGAGGCCGGAAAUUGACUCUCAAUACUACCAACCAUAUCAUGACACUCCUACACGGGAUAUCAUCUCACCUCCACCCAGAUACGCCUCUACAUCACCUCAGCGCCUCCCAGCCACGGGCUCUCCUCCCACCUCUCCACGUAGACGGCCCCUACCACCAAGUACACAUCUUCUCAGCGAAUCUUCAGAUACCUUCGGCCGGUCGUUUCAGCCAGACUACGACGAAUCUCCCGCCCCUCCUCCCCCGCCCCAUCGAGCCAGCCCGACCAGGCUUGCAAGAAAUGAUUCUGGCUUCUCACAAUCUCAUCAGCUCUACAUGGACCCGAGCCCCAGGAUGGACAACUUGAGAGGAACAGCAGCAGGAGCAGGGUUCGCUUCAGUGCCACAAGGGGUUGGGGAUCUUCACUCCCAGCAAACUGGACAAGACGCAAUGCGGUCUAUCCCUCAGGCCUAUUCACCGUAUGAUCGAGAUUGUCCGCGCGAGUUGAGCCCAUAUCGAUCACAAGAGUCUCCUUCGCACCUUCCUCAGAGAAACUCCUAUGGCUCUUCCAAUGCUCUUGCCGCAGGCGCUGCCACACCCGGCACCAUCACCCCGACCCCUUCGUUAGGGCCCAUGUCGUCUGUCUUAUCCGGCGGAAGCAAUCCAAGGGAGGAAUACCAGUUGCAUUCCAACCUUCCUGUAUCCUACUCCAACUAUCAGGAUUCGCCGUACCAACACCCAUACAAGUCUGCCACGAACUCCGCCAACAUCAUGCACCAAGCGAGCAUCAACCCCAACAACAUCAUUGAUGAUGGAGACGAUGGCUUCAUGAACGAGCAGCAGUCACCUGGGAAAGGGGCAGUGAAUCGGCCUUCAGGAUCCGCCGAAGCCACAGCCGCGGGCAGUGCUGGCGUGUUUGGGGGGUUGUUCGGUCGCAAGGCCAAGAACUAUACCCCGAGCGGUACAUAUGAUCCUGUUGAGCCAGAGUCAAAGGCAGAAAAGAGUGAAUGGUUGUCACGACAGACCAAGGGGCGACGGAAGAUGGCUUGGGUGGGAGUCGGCAUUGGGCUGGUCAUUGUCCUUGCCCUCAUCGCUGGUAUAAUUGGCGGCGUUCUUGGAACUCGGAAUUCCGACGACUCGAGCGGUUCGUCAAGCGGCGCCACCAACAACGCAGAUUCCGACAAUGCGGCUAAUGGAGAUCUCGACAAGGACUCGCCAGAGGUUCAAGCUUUAAUGAACAACAAGAACCUUCACAAGGUGUUUCCCGGCAUGGAUUAUACUCCAUGGGGUACGCAGUAUCCUCUGUGCCACACCUACCCUCCAUCUCAGAACAAUGUCACUCGAGACAUGGCUGUAUUGUCACAGUUGACCAACGCUGUUCGGCUCUAUGGCACCGACUGUAAUCAGACCGAGAUGGUCCUUCAUGCGAUUGAUAAAUUGGAGUUGACGGAUAUGAAAGUGUGGAUGGGGGUCUGGAUUGACACUAACCAAACCACCACCGAUCGGCAACUGAAUCAAAUGUAUCAGAUACUCUCCAGCACCAAGGAUCUCACCAUCUUCAAAGGCGUUAUUGUCGGCAAUGAAGCCCUCUACCGUGCUGGGGAGGACAAGACCAAGUCGGAACAGGAACUCAUUGACAUUCUGAAGGAUGUUAAAUCCCAAUUCCAAACCAAAGGCUACGACCUUCCCGUCGCAACGUCGGACUUGGGUGACAACUGGAAUGGUCAACUUGUCCAAGUCGUCGACUAUGUCAUGUCAAAUAUCCAUCCUUUCUUUGCCGGGGUGACGGCCGAAGUGGCCUCUGGUUGGACGUGGGACUUCUGGCAGUCUCACGAUGUUGUGUUGACCCAGGGGAUGACUGGCGUCAAACAAAUCAUCAGUGAAACUGGAUGGCCGAGCUCUGGAGGCACAGACUGUGGUGGAACUGAUGGGUCUUGCGCUCCUGGCCAGAGUGGCUCUGUGGCCAGUGUGGACAACAUGAAUACCUUCAUGGAGAGUUGGGUGUGUCAAGCCCUGGAAAAUGGAACGGACUAUUUUUGGUUUGAGGCAUUUGAUGAACCGUGGAAGGUAGUCUACAAUACCGACGAUCAACAGUGGGAGGACAAAUGGGGUCUCAUGGACCCGGGGAGGAAUUUGAAGUCCGGCUUACAGAUUCCCGAUUGUGAUGGGAAGACCGUCGGCGCAUGA